GGCGUGCUAUUUAUGGCCGGCGGGCUGCGCGCCUAGACGGGAGCGGCUGUGACGUGAGGCCGGGGAUUGGGGCAGGGUUGUAGGCCUCAGCUAUAACGCGGCCGGGCUGGAGCCAUGGAGGAGGCGGGCUGACGGUGUGAAUACAGGGCACCAGGAUGAGCACGUGUCGCUGGUGCACACCAGGUGGUUCUGCUUCCACAGAAUUACUAAAGAGCUAUGCCGCCAAGGAACUCCGCAGCGAUGACCUCCUCGGAGCCGACGAUGACCUUUCCUUCUGUAUGGAAUGCGUGCUGGAGUACCACAGAGUCCGAGAUGAGGCCCCACAGCUUCACAAGGCUCUGUGGAACAUGGAGCGAUCGCGGAUCGCCACUCAGCUGGAGAAAGCCAUGCAAGAAGAGAUAGACGAAGACGACGAGCUGUUUUUGGUGGAAGAGGAUGGGGAGAAGCAGCUUUUCGGGUACACCGGGCCCAACUUCGAGAGCAGCGUACGGGUCCCCCUUUUGGAAAUCCUCAAGUAUCCGUACCUGCUGCUCGACAAGCAUAUUGGUGAACUCUGCAUUGGUGCCUUAUGCAAGAUGGAGCACGUAAACAACCCCUUCCAAGUAUACGAGAAGCUGCCAGGAAUCUAUCUCCUCCUCGUCCAUCCCAAUGAGAGUAUUCGACGCUGGGCUAUUUUGACGGCGAGGGCUCAGGGUAAGGUUGACCGGGACGACUAUUACGACCUUCAGGAAGUUUUCACCUGCCUGUUUAAGGUCAUCGAGCUCGGGCUGUUCGAAAAUCCCGACAUUUACAGCUAUACCGAGCUAGAAGAUGGAAAGCUCAUCCUCCUGCCCGCUCACUUGUAUGACACCUCGAAUUAUAAGAACUACUGGCUAGGAGUCUGCAUGCUACUGACUGUUCUGGAGGAAGAGGCCAUGGACUCCUUGUUGCUUGGACCGGACAAAGAGAAUGACUUCAUGCAGUCCAUCCUUACUGUUAUGGAAAAGCAAACAGAUGAUGAAAGCACAAAUCCCUUCUGGCCUGCACUCCAUUGCUUCAUGAUGAUCCUCGAUCGCCUGGGAUCCAAGAUCUGGGGACAACUCAUCGACCCCAUCCAAGCCUUCCAGACAAUCAUCAAUAGCCCAAGCUAUACCCACGAGAUCGAGAGCAUACGAAGAAGUUGUCAAAGGGUGGCCAAGAAUGAGCUUGAUCCUGAUGACGGCGAUGAUUUGGUUUCGUGUAGUCAGAUUGUGUAUAAUUUCAACACCGAAAAGCCAAAAAAAGACACUGGGUGGAAAAGUGCCAUUUGUCCUGACUAUUGUCCUAACAUGUAUGAAGAUAUGCAAAGUCUGGCGAAUAUUCUGCAGUCGGACAUUGGUCAAGAAAUGCGAGUCCACAAUAGCACCUUCUUGUGGUUCAUACCGUACGUGCAGUCUGUCAUGGACCUGAAAGACCUGGGGAUCGCCUACAUAAUGGAAGUGAUUCACCACCUGUAUUCUGAGAUAAAGGACGUCCUCAAUCCAAGAAAUUUCAGUUGUGACAAGGUUUCAGAACUUUUUAUCAGGGUCUUGGUUUCUGUCAUUGAAUUGCAUAGGAACAAAAAGUGCCUUCACUUACUCUGGGUGAGCUCUCACAAAUGGGUUGAGGUCCUGGUCAAGGGCUCUAUGAUUCCUACCAAAGACAUGGUGGCACGGCCCAACUCGAAAAUAACCUCCACCACGGCUUUGUCAUCCUCACCAAAUUCUCAGGUGCCAUCUUCUGUACAGUUUUCUUGUAUCCAGCUCAUCAGGAGCCUUUUGCGAGAGGGAUUCCAGCUGGGGCAGAAUAAUUGUAAGCAAUAUAUGGACAAACUCAAUCUUGUUAUCAGGGGAAAUGUUCUCUGGAACCCAGAAUUUAAGUCUGAGGUGCAAGGUUUACAGAGUUGCCUUACUCAGAUUAUUAAGAGCAUUAAGGACCGGACUUCUACAAUUCCUAGUUCUGUGACAGAACAAACAACCAUAAGCAAAGUUCAGUCUGUUCCCUUCAUAAAGACUGAAAGGAUUGAUGAAGAUGAUGAAUGGUAUGGGCGCAGUAGUCGGUCUCCGCUCCCAUCUCCAGACAUCCCAUUCGCCAGUACAAGCAGAUCGUCAGAGAUUGGAUUUCGCUCUGGUUCUCCAUCUCCCGAUACUCACCCUCUCCGUGCCGGGAGGCCUUCAGAACAAAAGGGUGAAGGGUUAUUUUUUCAAGUUAAAAAAGAACCUCAGGACGUCCAAACUAAAAGUCCUACAUUUGGUUCUUCUUAUCCGGCUGUUUUAAAGACUUCGAUCAAAAAGGAACCGGUAGAUGAAACGGUCCAAGAAAAUGUGCAUUGUAGUAAAAAGACUAAAGGAUUGUGGUCAAAACUGAGUGAGGUCUUGACAAAGUCUUCGGUUGGAAAGGAAAAGAUAAACCCUUCUGUAUCUGAAGGUAACAUUAGUAGCAGCACCGACACAUCAAGUGCACUAAAGCCAUGCUACGUGCGCAUUAAGAAGGAGCAAGACUUGUCACAAAAAGAAAAAUCCAGACCUUUUGGCAGCGACACUGAUGAAGAAAGUGAUGGUGACGACAUUCCUCUGUCACAGGUCAGAAGUUCCUUGUGUGGGAAAGAAAAAUGCUCGACUCCUGACAAUCUUCCAGUCAGUGAACAGCUUCAGAGACUGUCACUAGAGAACGAUCUGAGGCCGAUUAAGAAGGAGCCGAACGGUAAGGUAGAAUGUAAUGACUUUGUGAUGGAGAGUGAAGCAGACGAUGAGCUUUCAUUAUCUGAAGUAAAAAAAAAGUUGCUGCUAAAUAUGGGUAAGAAGUUGGGUCCUUCCAAUCCUACGGGUGACCAGGAUCUUGGUCGUUCAGCUGCUCAAGAGGUGACUCCAUCCCAAGACUUCAGUUCUAUAGCGAGGAAAGUUAAGGGAAGCACAAGAUCUUUGGUUACUGACGAUUCUUCCUCCGAAACAGAGUUUUCCUCUGAUCCUAUUAUAACCAUCUCUGAUGACUCUUCAGAUGAGGAGCAGAAAGACUUUCUUAAAUUUGUUAAAACCGAGAAACCGCAGUCCUGCCAAGCUGCAAGUUCUUCAUCUUCAGCUAAGCUUAUGCAAACGAAAAUCGCACAAAUAAAACAGGAGCCAGAUAUAGAAAAUUUGGAUGACUUAGACUCUCAGUGUUUUGAGUUCGAAACGAAGGACGACAUUUACUCGGCUUGGACAGACUCCCAGUUAGAGGAGCAAAAAAUGGAUCUUCCAAAGAAAUGUGAAAAGUCUGAAACCGACCAAAUCCGUAAUAGGGAUUUUUACUAUGCUAGUAACUAUGAUCAGUGGGGCUAUGACACAGAUUAUAUCUGUGAUGAUGUUAUUGAAAAGGCGGCGGAAGAUGCUGAGAAGCAAUUUCAAGAAUCAUUAAAAGCUACAAAUGCUCAAACAAGAGGUGAAAGCAGCGGCGAUAUAUCUUCACAUGAGAAGAUGAGUUCAAAACAGUUCUAUGGAAAGAUCCCACGGGAGACAGAGACUAAAACUAACAAGUUUGAUUCUAAAAGAAAACUGUCUAAAACUACGAAAGAAACUUUUAGGGUGGAGAUUAAGUUGAAAGCUGACUCUUCUGUAAAGCAAAAUAAAGUUGUGAAUUCUAAACCAAGCCGAAGUAAAAGCCCACUGAAAGCACAUGGACAUGUUAGAAAGAUAGGGAGCCCAGGCAAAGCUGUUGUCCCACCAAAGAAAAUACGGAAAUGUCCUGAACCAACUUCUACUGCCGAAAAACUUGGUCUAAAGAAACCUCCUCGUAAAGCCUUUGACUUGUCCCAAAGGUCCCUCGAUAGCGUAACCGAACUGCGUAACUAUGGGAAGGCCGCUGGGGUUGUGGAGACCAAGAGGCAGAAGGCAAAACUCAUCUCUCCACAAGCCAUACUGGUCAAGGGGAACAAAAAAAUGUUGACUUGUCAGGAGCGUCAGUUUCACCGUCAGUCUAGGCCAAAGGAUGCCGAGAAAAAAAGGCCAAGUAACACUGAGAAGCGUUCCCGACCUUCAGAGAAUUCUAACAAACCAGUGCGAAAGACUAGGGACGGCGCUUCCUUUGUGCAGAGCAGACAUGAUAAAAAUGAAAGACUAAUCGACCCUUUAAGGAAAACUGAAUCCCCGAAAAGAUCCCCACUGCCUUCUACCAGCUCUGUUCCUGAGACAAUGAGGGACGAUGAUUCAAAUGGCCUGCCGAGGACUACCAUGGCUCAACCUCCAUCUUCUGUGCCUGCAGAUAUUAUUCAGUCUUCUACAGAGCCAGAAUUGGACGAUUAUGAAGAUGAGGACGAUGACCGAUUAUUUUUAACCCAAGCUGAUCCUCUUGAUAUGGACCUAUGCUCACAGGUGGAUUCUGAAAUAGUUCAAGACAAUAGGCCACUUAUUGUGGGGGAGCAAUCUGCACCCAUUCAGGAGGUGAAGAAAACGUUGCAAUGCAAACACCCAGACUGCUCGGAGACGGUCUCUGCUCCUGGUCAUCAGUGUCCGAAGCAUAGCACGUCUGAGAAAACCGAUGAUCACCUCUUUGUUAGACCUGGUUUGCCUCCAUCUUUCCAAAAACCUUCAAAACCAGCUACAACCAAGGUUUUCAGUACAGAGUCUGCUUCCCGAACUGCAAGCCUUACAAAGGACCUAGAAAAUACUCCAAAGUAUCCAACACUUCCAAAGGCUAAAGUUCAACUCCCGAAACCCCCUCUACCCAAACUAAUCAUGCCACAAAAAAAGGCCCCGGUCCAAACUACAAGUGGUGUUUUGCAGCCCCUCAGCAAUCUAAAUAAUGUCCCAGUUCCACCCGCUUCAAACAGUGGUCCUGCCUCCACCGGGAGGUUUCCUGUACCUGUAUGCUUACCACAGAUGGACCAGGCCUGGCUCAUGCGGGAGGUCCUACACUGGACAUAUGAAAUGUUUGAAAACUUCCAGCAGUUUGGACCCCCCAGUAAUCUCUGUCCAUUACCUCUGAUGAAGGUUCCUCUGAACUUUUCCAGUUAUGAUGAGUACUUUAAAGUGUUCUUCCCUUUGAUGCUCCAGAACGCCUUUGAAUCGCUGGCACAAGAAUGGAGAGAUAAGCGACGGGUACAGGGCGCCCAUCCAUACAACCUAUACCUGCAGAACUUCUGCCUCGAUAGCCAGGUUAACAGGGGAGAGUUUCAAGCACGUAUACGGGAUAAGGAUUUAAACUUCCAACGUCAUCCAAAAGAGGAUGAUUUGGUGUUUCUACUCACCCCAGAGUCUCCGGACGUCCAUUCCCGCGAGGAAAGAGACGCUCCUUCUUCACCGGCCUUUCAUAUGGGACACGUUUUCCGGUUUACCCGCUCUCAGAAUACACAGAACUAUGAGCAUGAACAGUACACACUAUGCAACUUAUGUAUCCACACUCGUGGAAAUCUGUCGGCGUUCCGCAAUGGACAUGUGCAGUGCGUCAUCAUCGGAAGCUUUAUAACAACCCUGCGGCAAUAUAAGGCUUUACUCCAGCUACAGAGGAACAUGCUGUUCAGAUCCUUCGUUCAUCCCAACCCCACAGACUUUAUGCCAAACAACAAUGCAGAAAAUAAUCCCAUCAGCUCCAUCCUCAACUUGAAGGAAUAUAAUAGUGGCCAGAUAGUCGCUAUAGAGAAAGCAUUCGCCAUGGUGACGCAACCUCCUCGGGUUCCCAAGAUAUGUCUGAUACAUGGUCCUCCAGGAACAGGCAAAUCCAAGACCAUAGUCGGCCUACUGUACAGAAUCCUCAUGGAGAAGAGGAACAGCAAUGUCCCAGUGCAGAACUUUAACGCCAAAAAUAAACGCAAUAGAGUUCUGGUCUGUGCCCCAUCCAACGCGGCGCUGGACGAUCUGAUGAAAAAGAUUAUAUUGGAAUUCAAGGAGAAAUGUAAUGACAAGAAGAACACCCUAGGGAACUGCGGGGACAUAAACCUGGUGCGGCUGGGAGCGGAGAAGACCAUAGAUUCUGAUGUUGUGAAGUUCAGCCUGGAUUGCCAAGUCAACUACAGAAUCAGCAGAGCUCAACAGGAUCACGGCAUUUAUCGGAGGAAGGAAGAGCUGGACAGGAAGCUCGAUCAGCUCUCCCGCCAGAAAGCCAUGGAGCGCUGCAACAAGCAAACCUGCGAACAGCUGGAUCAGCAAAUGGAUCAGCUUUCUAAGGAGCGGCAACAUCUGGCAAACACUCUAAGAGAGCUGCGCCGGAGACCCCAGGAGGUGCAGAGGAAUAUCAUUCUAGAGUCCCACGUCAUCUGCUGCACGCUGAGCACGAGCGGGGGGCUUCUGCUGGAGUCCGCCUUCAGGCAGCUGGGACAAGAACCCUUCAGCUGCGUCAUUGUGGACGAGGCCGGGCAGUCGUGUGAAGUGGAGACCAUCAUCCCUCUUCUCCAUCGAUGUACUAAGCUGGUUUUGGUGGGAGACCCCGAGCAGCUUCCUCCCACCGUCAUCUCCACAAAAGCAGAAGACUUGGGCUAUGGACAGUCCCUGAUGGCACGGCUUUACCGCUAUUUGGAGGCCAAGGGUCACGGCUCCCUUAUUCAGCAGCUUAGGGUUCAGUAUCGGAUGCACCCAGACAUUUGUCUCUUUCCGUCGAACUAUUUCUACAAUCGUGCACUGAAAACGGAUCGAGCAACAGAGGAAGUGCGGUGCUCCUCAGAUUGGCCCUUCCAGCCAUACAUAGUGUUUGACGUGGCAGAUGGCCUUGAGAAAAAAGAGAAGGAGUCAUUUGCCAACCCACAGGAGGUCAAGAUGGUAGUGGCGCUGGUAAAACUUAUUAAAAGCAAGAAGAAGGAAUUUACAUUCCGUAACAUUGGGAUCAUCACCCCGUACCGCGCCCAGAAGAUGCUGAUCAUAGAAGAACUCCGCAAAGAGUUUGGAAAAGACUCGAGGCCGAGUGAAGUGGACACGGUUGAUGGAUUCCAGGGUCGGCAGAAGGAUUGCAUAAUCGUGACCUGCGUCCGCGCCAACUCUGGCCAAGGGUCUAUCGGGUUCCUGGCCAGUCGGCAGCGGCUCAAUGUGACCAUCACCAGGGCCCGGUUCAGCCUCUUCAUCCUGGGCAGUCUGCGGACCUUAAUGGAGAACAAGGACUGGAACCACUUGAUUCAAGACGCAAAGAGGCGAGGGUCUCUCUUUCAGACGAAGGAGGGGCACUACCAGAAAGAUGUGGGGCGUAUCCUGAAAAGACCUUCUGUUAGCCAGUCAGGCUGGCCGCCAGGGGAACGGCACACGGCAGGGAGUCCCUCACAUACCUCUCCGGCUGAGGCUCCUCCACGAGAACAUACACUACCUCCCCAACCGGUUGUCCAGCCACCCAAACGAAUCGUGUCACAUCCAGCUGUGGACAUUAGGCCAAUGCUGAACCGUACGGCUUCGGCUCCGGUUACAUCUUCAGUUGCCAGAGCGAAACUUCAAGAUCCAAGACUGGCGCGGCGGCAAGGGGAGGAGGCCAGAGAUGCCAAUCCCUCAAGAUCGGAGGCGCAGAAGCAAAGCACUGGUUAUGUCCAGAGUAGAUCCCGGACUCACUUCUCUUCUUCCUCAUCAUCAUCAGUUGCUGGGGUCAAGCGACCGUCACAUUCGUCAUCUUGGGAUCGGCCGCCCCACAGUGAACAGAGAGCAAAUGACUUCACCAGAGACCGGGACUAUCGGCAAGUGACCUCGCGGUUAGAUCCAGACCAGGAAGCUAAGAAGAGGAAGAUUACCUAGGACUGUGCUGAGUCUUACCCAGCGAGCGGCAUCUACGGUCCCAUUGACUGACUCCGUUUUAUACUGUGGGGGCUUUUUACCAGUGUUGUCCAUUUGGCGGCACUUUACUCUCCCGAUACGAUGAUAUCGAUCAUAGGGGACGCGUGUAAAUAAAGCUAAAUCCCUGUACAGAAAAAAUUCAGCAGUCUUCAAAUAGACUUAAGGGUAACGUCCCGAGGCACCGGUGCCAGUCACAAGUCUUUACCUCAUUUGCUGCUUUAAAAAAAUGUUGUUUUUUUUUUUUAUUUAUUUUUUUUUUUAAUCGGCAGAGUGAACAAAGAUUUGGUAAAUGUUUAAAGAGUCGGGUACCCCCUUUUAAUACAUUUGGUGCAUCUUUCUCCAGCAUAGCUUGACUUAAAGGGGGAUGUCCAGCACAAGAAACAACCCGUGUAUGGUUUGCAGAGAUCUUGCAUAGUAUCACAGGCUCUGAAUACAGUAAGUUCUUGUCCCCUCUCCCCUCCUGUCAGCUUGGGAGGAGACCAGUGAUGUGAAAUGGGGAGAGUGUAUUACUGCUUAUUAUAUGUAUCUUUAGAUGAGGCAGCAGGAAGCUGUUCUCAAUCCUGUCAGAACAGGUUUCCUGCUGCCUUAUCGGAGUCCUAAAUCUAAUGAGCAGUAAUAUCAGCUACCCCCUUCACAUCACUAGUCUCGUCCUGAGUAAAAAGGGUAGGGGGAGGGACAGGAGCUCUGCAUUUAGAGCCUGUGACGUGAUGUCACAACUUACAAUGCUGAAAGCAGAGAUGGUAUGAUAAAUCUCUGCACUAUGGCUAAUACCAAAUAACUAGUCAAAAAUUAACAUGUCAAAAGUUUUGACCUAAAGGGGUCUGAGUUUUCAGACCCCGACCAUUUGCUAGAGAGAGCAGAGAGAGAGGUGUGCGGCUGAGAGCUUCUCCCCACUUUCUGUGCUGGCGGCUUUGGCUGUCCGGGCAUCCUGGGAGUUGUAGUUUUGCAACGGCUGGAGGCAGGGUGCGAAACACUCUCUACAGCAUGUCAAAAGUUUUUUUUUUUUUUUAAGUGACAGUGCCCAUUUAAGGCCAGUGUAUACAUUGCUUGUCUUAAUAAAUUGCCCCCUUUUAUGCCUCUGAUCUUCACAUUUAGCAAGAGCUCUGUUUGCUGUCAGUGAAUGGCAAUUUACGUUGCAGAAAUUUCUGAGACAAAUCACGUGUUUCAUACGAUUGGAGUUGAUUUGGCUGCCGGGUGUGUGUAUCGUCAGGCCGGAGAACACGUGAAAACCACACGCGGUAUGCAGCAUGCGGUUUUUACCAGGAAAAUACGCUGUAGUUCACACAAUGCAAAUUUGAAAAAUAACAGCACUUAUUCUUGCACGAAAAGUGCAUCGGGAAGCCAUUUGUAUCAGAGCAGUAUUGUAUUUCACUUACUGAAGAUCGUUUACGUCAGUUUCCCAACCAGGGUGCCUCCAGCUGUUGCAAAACGAAAUCUCCCAGCAUGGCCAUGCUGGGAGUUGUAGUUUUGCAAGAGCUGGAGGCACCCAGGUUGGGAAACACUGGUCUACAUUGAGCAGACCUUAAUCUGGUGCAUUUCUCAUUCACUGACUGCAAGCAGAGAUCUUGAUAAAGCUUAGACAUGGAAGCGCAGGCUAUUAGGAAGGUGCAGAGUUUUUUGUUAUAUAAUGAUCAUUUAUUGUGGUUUUUUUUGUACAGUUCUUUGUGCUGAAGACUUUCUAUGCAGUCACAUGACUCCGCGAGUCCUCGUCUUCCCUCGCGAUGCGAUGGGGUGAAGUUUGGACAAUAAAUAUUUUGGGAGCGACUAUUUUUUAUAAAUGUAUCAGAGUUUGUGUUUUUUGUAACUA